UGGUCCUCAACUGAAUUUUAAAAAAGCGGUGCAACCAUGCUGAGUGCUGCUCUUGUAUUUCUAUGUGCCUUCUACCUGAACUCAGUUUGUAGCUGUGAGCUGUUGGGCAGGUUUGACAUGCCGAGUUUGUUUAAGGAGGGGGACAUAAUGAUCGGGGGUAUUUUUCCAGUUUUCAACAAAGAGAUAGACAGCAUUUUUACCUUUGAGCAGGAGCCUCCUGGAGCAAAGUGUGCUGUAUUUGAUCUGCGGGCUUUUCGGUGGACCCAGGUGAUGAUAUUUGCAAUAGAGGAAGUCAACAAAGAUCCCACUCUUCUGCCAAACAUAUCUCUUGGUUAUAGGAUCCUUAACUCAUGUUCAUCUCCUACAAACACCUUGCGUGCUGCAUUAACACUGGCGAGCAGACCAGAAGAGAUAAAAAAUACUUCUUUCUGUCCUCCAACUAUUUCUGCUGUCAUAGCAGAGGCAGGGUCAUCUCAGUCCUUAGCUGUGGCUGGAACGCUUGGACCCUUUCAAGUGCCAGUAGUAAGUUAUUUUUCAACAUGCGCCUGCCUGAGUAACCGGGCUAAAUAUCCUACAUUUUUCCGGACAAUCCCCAGCGACUACUUCCAGGCAAAAGCCUUGGCAGCACUGGUGAAACAUUUUGGUUGGCAGUGGAUUGGGGCAAUACAGUCAGACAAUGACUACGGGCGGAAUGGGAUCCUGGCUUUUAGUGAAGAGGUUAAAAAGCUCGGGAUUUGCAUUGCUUUUGUUGGGACAGUCAAGCGCACAUAUACUAUGGAUAAAAUCCUGAAAGUUGUGGAGAUGAUCAAACGGUCAACCGUCAAAGUGAUUCUGGCUUUUGUUCCUGAGGGAGACUUUUCUGCUUUGAUGAAAGAGGUAGUGAAACAAAACCUCACAGGAAUUCAGUGGAUUGGCAGCGAGGCCUGGAUAACAGCGCCUCAGCCUUCGACACCUGAAAUGUACCGGGCUUUCGGUGGAGCCCUGGGAUUUGUGGUGCAGAAGAUGGCUAUCCCAAAACUAAAACCGUUUCUUACUGAUAUCAGUCCUUAUAGAGAUCCAAAUGCAGCCUUUGUGAAGGACUUCUGGGAGAUUAUUGUGGGUUGUAGACCUGUUUUACCUGGGAUGAACACAGAUACUGAGGGAUCAAGUAAAAUAUGCACAGGCAAUGAGACAUUAAUGAACUCUCAGGAUUUGUUCUUCGAUGUCACACAGCUGAGAGUUUCCUACAAUGUGCAUAAAGCAGUUUAUGCUAUUGCACAUGCCCUUCAUCAGCUGGUGUUCUGCAAGCCAGUGGGAGAAAAAGUAAUGAAGCUGUGUUUGAAUGUAUCUGACAUUCAGCACAAAGAGGUUGUUGAUCACCUGCAAAGGGUCAAUUUCAGAGAUCAGUUUGGAGAUCGUGUGUUUUUUGAUGAGAAUGGUGACCCUCCUGCGUCUUAUGACGUUAUUAACUGGCAGCUGAAGGACGGACAGGUGCAACAUGUGAUUCUCGGUCAUUUUUCAUCUAAUGCAAAUGGUGAAUAUAAGCUCAGCAUCGAGGAGGAGAAUAUAAUGUGGAGGACAGGGAAAACAGUCCCCACAUCAGUGUGCUCUAAUAUUUGUCCAGUUGGAACCAGGAAAGCUCAAAUUAAAGGAAAACCCACGUGCUGUUUUGACUGUAUCCCAUGUGCUGAUGGAACUAUAGCCAAUUCAACAGGUGCAGCAGACUGCACAUCCUGCCCACAGGAAUUCUGGUCCAACGAGAGGAAAGAUGAAUGCAUUCCUAAAACAAUUGAGUUCCUGACGUAUCAUGAGCCCAUGGGAAUAUCUAUCACCGUUGUGUCCUUGCUAGGGGCCUCCCUGUCGCUGGCCACCAUGAUAGUCUUUAUCUACUACAGAGAAACUCCUGUAAUAAAGGCCAGCAACACAGAGCUGAGCUGUUUCCUCUUGUUUUCUCUUUUUCUGUGUUUCCUCUGUCCUCUCCCUUUCAUGGGAAGACCAACACUCUGGACAUGCAUGCUGCGCCACACGGCUUUUGGUGUGACAUUUGCUCUUUGCAUUUCCUGUGUCUUGGGAAAAACUAUUGUCGUGGUGACAGCUUUUAAAGCGACAGUUCCGGGCAGCAAAAUAGCGGGGAAGUUUGGUCCUGCACAGCAAAGGAUCAUCGUCUGCUCCUGCACUUUCAUUCAAAUAGUCAUAUGUGUGUUGUGGCUAAAUUUAAACCCACCUUUCCCGGACAUGGUUUUCAGAUACAGCAACAAGAAAAUUGUUUUAGAGUGUAACACCGGCUCUGAGGCUGCGUUCUAUGCAGUGCUGGGCUACAUAGGAAUCCUGGCAAUAAUAUGUUUAGUCCUGGCUUUUCUGGCAAGAAAGUUGCCUGAUAACUUUAAUGAAGCCAAAUUUAUCACAUUCAGCAUGCUGAUAUUCUGCGCCGUGUGGAUCACCUUCAUCCCAGCGUACGUCAGCUCUCCUGGAAAGUUUACCGUUGCUGUGGAGAUAUUUGCAAUUUUAUCUUCGGCGUUUGGCUUAUUAAUCAGCAUUUUUGCACCUAAAUGUUAUAUAAUAUUGCUGAAGCCAGAGAAAAAUACAAAGAAACGGGUCAUGGGAAAAAUCUGA